AUGGCAACCCUACUAAGAGACCCACAAGUCCGCGAGUACGACAUCUUGGCCAUCCAGGAACCUUGGAAGAACCUGUUUACAGCCACAACCCACCACCCAGCAAAAGAUGUCUUCCACCUAUGCUGCCUAACGGGAGAUGAAAAGGGGCCUGCUAGGGUGUGUUUCUUCAUUAACAAGAAAAUAGACCACAAACAAUGGCGGUUUAGCAAGCGCAGCAGAGACAUCUGCUCUCUUGUAAUUAAGCCUAGCAAAGAACAACAAGAUAGACAACAGCUUCUAAUACACAAUAUUUACAACCAGGGAGGAGCCAGCGCUAGUGAAGAGACUGCGAUUACUAACAUACGUCCAAUUCUAGACAGAUACUAA